CCGAGAUUCACUCAAAAGCUGAAAAAUUCAGAAGUUGGGCUCGUUUUGAUGCAUUUUCAUCCGUUUUCGUAGCACUUUUUGGCUAAAAAAAAAUAGUUUGAAUUAAGAAAAGUGCUCCUCCUGCCUCCAAGAUGAACCGAAUUUCCAAAGACGAGUCCUUGUCGAUGUCAAUGGAGCAUUUCAAGCAGAAACAAGUCAAAAUCACGAAGCACCAAAAGGCAGUCCUGGUCGAUUUCUUGGAGCAAAACUUCGAGUACAGCAAGGGAGCGUUCAAAUUGCUGCCAACGACGACGCACGACGACAAAAAUGUCUUGUGGGAAGCGAUUGCGGAACGCUUGAACGGCAUCGGGCCCGUCAAGACGCCGAAUAUGUGGCGAAAAACCUGCGCCGACCUCCGGAUGCAAAUCAAGAAGAAAGUAAUGGAAGAAAAGGAACUCACGGACGACGACAAACGAAUGGUGAAAUUUUACGGACUACGUUUGGACCCUCUUGUCUCAAGUCGUUUGGUGAAUGAUCGCGUAACAGCCGGACAAAAGUCGCGAAUGGUCGAUUUGAUGCGUGACAACUAUUGGUGGAACUCGGCAACGCAGAGACUUGAACCGGCGUCGAACGAAAGUCUCGAAUGGGACGAAAUCGCCGAACGUUUGAACGAAAUUGGCGGUUGCGUGAAGAAUACGAUGGCUUGGCGAAAGUGUUGGAGUGACAUCAAAUGCGAUGUUGGCAAAAAAUUUCAAAAUGGAGCCGUUCCGAGCACUUUAACGGAAGACGAGUACAAAAUUGCGACACUUUAUGGAUGGUUAAAUGCGGAAAAUUUGCCGCCGAACGAGACUUUCGAGCAAAUGGAUACAGAUGCUGCCGUGCAAUAUGUCAUCGAGCCAUCAUCGGUCGUCAUAAAACCCGAAAAAACCUCAAUUGACGACGAAGAAAUUAUUAUUACGGAUGAUCCGCCCGAAGGAUUCGAAAUUGAGCAGCUUGAGGAAGAAAAUAAUGAACCACAGGAAGUGUCGGAGGAACAAACACCCGAAGAACGAACAGUUUAUGUGACCCAAGCUGAAACCCAAACAGAUGACGUACCUAAUCCAACAUCAAAUAACGACACAGUGGCGAAUACGAUACUUUUAGAACAAAUUCUCGCCGCGCAACAACGUACAAACGCACUUUUAGAACAACUUUUGCAACGAAAUUCCGCCGGAAAUGACAUCCAGAAUGGAAUUCUCGACGAAUUGAAGAACAAUUCUUUCAUGAUGGUGAAUCGUGCGUCCCAAAAAUGA